CAUUCAUUCAAAAUCAUUCAAUUCAGUCAUUCCACAAGUGCCGAUGAAAGUGGAUUCGCAGAAUAAAAUAAUAAUAAAUCAAUUUUAAAACUAUUAUUUACGUUCAUAACUAAAGCAUUUAUUGUGUUUAUUUUGGAUUGAAUUUAUCAUACUAUAUACACGAUGUUUCUCUCAAAAUGUCGCUUAACAUCCGUUCUACCUCGAAUCUCGGCGUACAGCACGGCCGCCGAGAGCACAAUGAAACCCAAGACUGCAAUAGUUAUGCUCAACAUGGGUGGUCCAGAGACCACUGACCAGGUUGCCGACUACCUUCUAAGAAUCAUGACAGACAGAGAUAUGAUACAGUUGCCUGUUCAGAGCAAACUUGGACCGUGGAUAGCGACCCGGCGUACAGAGGAGGUGAAGAAAAAGUACAUGGAGAUUGGUGGAGGAUCGCCUAUUUUAAAAUGGACAAAUAGUCAAGGGUCGUUGCUAACUCAAGCUUUGGAUCAAAUGUUGCCGGAGUCGGCGCCGCACAAGCACUAUGUUGCGUUCAGAUACGUGCCGCCUUUCACGGAAGAAACUUUUGCGCAGUUGGAAAAAGAUGGCGUUGAAAGAGCUGUGAUUUUCUCCCAAUAUCCUCAGUACAGUUGUGCGACCACUGGCUCCAGUUUAAAUGCGAUUGCUGACUUCUAUAAAAACAGACAAUUGCCAAGCAACAUAAAAUUCAGCUUAAUAGAAAGAUGGGCGUCUCAUCCCCUACUGGCGAGCGUGUUUGCAUCAAGAAUUAAGGAUAAAUUGAAGCUAUUUGAUCCUAAAAUAAGGGAUGAAGUUGUUAUAUUGUUCACAGCGCAUAGUUUACCAUUAAAGGCAGUGUCCCGAGGUGACACGUACCCGCAUGAAGUUGCGGCGACUGUGGCGGCCACCGUGGCUCAGCUGGGCCUCCCGAACCCUCACAGGCUGGUGUGGCAGUCCAAAGUUGGGCCGUUGCCAUGGUUACAGCCUUAUACUGAUGAUGCUAUUAAGUCGUACGCGAAGCAAGGCGUUAAGCAUCUAAUCUUGGUGCCGAUAGCAUUCGUGAAUGAACACAUUGAGACGUUACACGAGCUCGACAUUGAAUACUGUGAUGAGGUGGCUAAAGAGGCUGGUAUCACUCAAAUCGAGCGAGCGGAGGCGCCGAACGACCACACCACCUUCAUAGCGGCGCUCGCCGACGUCGUCGCCUCGCAUCUCAAGAGCGGACCUUCGGUGUCCAAGCAGUUCCUUACCAGAUGUCCACACUGCGUCAGCCAGAGAUGUAGGUCUUCGAAGGACUUCUUCAAGAAGCUAUGCGGAAAUUUGGAAGUGAUUAGUUCCUAAUAGCUUCUGUAACGGCGAAAUUUGGUAGCUUACAUUGACGUAUAUUCUAUAGACACGAACGUCCAUAUAAACUAUUUGUUCAAAAUCUGAACUAAAAUGACAAAAACACGUCACUGUUAUAACAUAUUUAUUCACUUGAACAACAAAUAAUUUUAUUUGUUUGACUAAUAUUUUUUAUUUACAUCCAGGUUUACACUUAGACUCGCGUUUUUAUAUUAUUAGCGCCACUCCGUACACAGCUACAAGCAUCAAUAUUGACCACACUAAAAUCAGGUGUACGGAUUACAGUACACUCCAGUUGAACACAGUGAAUGUUCGGAACGCCAAAUCUAGUACGUAGUACAUAUAUAUCGAUGGUAGCUUCAGUGGAGGUUACGAGCGCCUCUGGUGGGUGAAAUGUGAACUAUGAAUGCACAUAGCUAAAAAUGAAUGCACUAAUCAAUGACGUUUUACAAAUAGACGCGUCAUACACUAACAAAAUGGCACAUAAAAACGGCGCACUCUUUACUAUAGUUACGUACCUGUACAUAUAAUUACAAAUUGGCUCGAAGAAGGAAUAAAAAGAUGCAGCACACAUUUGUUAGAAAAGGAUAUAUAUAUAUAUAUAUACAUCGACAGUUACGUAACAACGUUAGUGCCGCACGCUCAUUGGCUGUUAAGUCGGGCAAUUACCUUGCUUUCGUCUUGCCAGUAUUGAGCUCGGACAACGUAUCUAUGUAAUAAAAACAUGUUAGGCACUAAUGGUGUCUGCCUACCCCUUUGGGGACAGAAUGCGUCACUUUUUAUGUGUAAUUCCAUUUUUUCUCACUAGAGGCGCUGUAGUGUUAAUGUUGCAGUCAAAUGCCAUGUAGAAAAUGUUCAAACUGCUUUCAGAUAAUAAGGUAAUACGGGUGUAAGAUUAUGUAUGGUGGAGCGAAUUAUAUAUUGUGUUGAA